AAGAAGCACGAGUAUGUUUAAAACCAGGAGCGAAUGAAGAAGGUUAUUGGACAGCUGCACAUCUUAUUGAGCAAGCCAAACAUAAAGCCAUUCCUACAUUUGAGGCUUUGUUUCCAAAUUGCGUUGCAGAAUUCGUUUUCGACAAUAGUUCAAACCAUACUGCGUUUGCACCGGAUGCGUUGGUUGCGAAAAGAAUGAAUACUGGAUCUGGUGGGAACACACCGAAAAUGCGAGAUACUUUUUGA